GUUAGUCAUAAGGUCAGUCAAAGUUACAGUAUGUCAGGAAUGACAGCAGCUUGAUGCAUGGUGCGAAUGAAGACUGUCUUAUCUGUAAAUUAAAAUAGUUAGCGAUUAAACACCGAGCGGCGCCGUUUCGGAAAGAAGCCGGAUACUUUGGAUAUCGUCCCGGCAUGGCGCCCCAUCCUGUGGUCCAGGCUGCCAUCGACCUGUCUGCAGGGGCCCUAGGGGGCACAGCCUGCGUGAUGAGCGGGCAGCCCUUCGACACGGCCAAGGUGAAGAUGCAGACCUUCCCCACCAUGUAUCGUGGAUUCCUGGACUGCUUCAUCUCCACCUACAGGGAGGAGGGGCUCCGGGGCCUGUAUCGCGGCACGUCUCCGGCGCUGCUGGCCAACAUCGCGGAGAACUCGGUGCUGUUUAUGAGCUACGGCUUCUGCCAGGAGGCGGUGCGCUUGGUGUCUGGGCAGAGGCAGGGCCACAAACUCAGCGACCUGCAGAAAGCAUGCGCAGGCUCCGUCGCCUCCAUCUUCUCCUCGAUGGUGCUGUGUCCCACGGAGCUGGUCAAGUGCCGGUUGCAGGCCAUGCGUGAGAUGGAGGCUUCCGGAAAGAUCGCCAGUGGCCAGAAGACGGCGUGGUCCGUGGUCAGAGCGGUCCUGCGUACAGACGGUCCCCUGGGCUUCUAUCAGGGUCUGAGCACCACCAUCGUGAGGGAGGUUCCAGGAUACUUCUGCUUCUUCGGGGCCUACGAGCUGUGCAGGACGGCCUUCGCCACUUACCUGGGCCGGGCAAAGGACGACAUCGGGGUGGUCCCGCUCAUGUUCAGCGGUGGGUUCGGGGGCGCCUGCCUGUGGCUGGCUGUGUACCCUAUCGACUGCGUCAAGUCCCGCAUCCAGGUGCACUCGCUGGCCGGCCGCCAGGUGGGCUUUCUCCAGACACUCGUGGGCAUCGUCCGCGCUGAAGGAGUAGCGGCGCUGUACUCAGGCCUGACACCCACCAUGAUCCGCACCUUCCCCGCAAACGGCGCCCUGUUCCUGGCCUACGAGCUCAGCCGAAAGGCCAUGAUGCAGCACCUGGCCACCUGACGGGCUGACGACACCUCUGGCCCAAGCCCCGCCUAAGCCCCGCCCUGCUGCUCACACUACCAAUUAUACGGCUAGCGGCACAGGAGAGCUGAGCACUAAUUGGAGGAACGGGGUGACUCCUGUGCCGGAAAAACAAUAGCUAGCACCUGCCUGACCUGUCAGCAGCUUCUUUACAUUGAAGACAAACAGAUACAAGCUUCAUGCUGUUUAUACUAAUGUUAAUCUCUGGCAUGUUUAUAAGCUGUUCCAUUACGGGGCCGGCAUCCCAACGGCGUGUGUGGGCUUAGUUGCCUACUGUUCAGCGCGUUCUUGCGGUGGAAGAAAGAUGGGGAAUGUUCCGCUGACCUGACCGUGCCCAGCGACCCUGUUAAUCAAGCCAGAGUCCCGUUAGCAAGAUUAGCACCUGUGUGCAGAGCUCCAGUACAGACGCAUUCUAUUCAGCAGAGUGGUCUUACCAGUAUAACUUGAAUUUUUUUAAUUUGAGGGAGAAUGGAAAUGAUUUUUUAAAUACUUGAAACCCAAAAAUUACUCCUCUCACCUCAGUGUAAGAG